GGCAUAGUUAUGGCACCGACUGCGUGUGUAUCGACUGCUGAAAUAUGCACUAUCAAACAAGACUAUAACAAUAGUUUGGACCAUCUUGGUCUGGUCAGCAGUCAUGGCGAGGACACCUUGUCGCAAUCUUCGUUGACUGCCAAGGAUAUGGUUCUGGAGGUGUUGAAGAAGCGUGCGGCGGAGGUGGAUGUGGACCACUGUGGUCCUGGUGAGGAGGAUGCUUUCUAUGUGGCGGAUAUGGGUGAGGUCUACCGCCAGCAUAUGCGCUGGAAGAUGAACUUGGGCCGUGUCAAGCCCUUUUAUGCUGUUAAAUGCAACCCGGACCCUGAAGUCCUGCGCCUUAUGGCCCAACUUGGAAAUGGGUUCGACUGUGCUUCCAAGUCUGAGAUCGAUCUCGCCCUUCAGACGGGCAUUGAUCCCAGCCGCAUUAUCUAUGCGCAGCCCUGCAAAACCAAGUCCUACUUGCGCUAUGCCGCCGAGGUUGGCGUCAAGCAGAUGACUUUCGACAACGCCGAUGAGCUGUAUAAAAUCAAAGCCACUUUCCCCGAUGCGGAGCUCUACCUCCGCAUCUUGACCGAUGACUCCACCAGCCUGUGCCGGUUGAGCAUGAAGUUCGGAGCUUCCAUGGACCUAGCUCGUUCACUUCUCGAGCUUGCUUACCAACUGGACCUCAAGGUCGUCGGAGUCAGCUUCCACGUUGGAUCCGGUGCCGAGGACCCUCGCGCUUUCCUCAAAGCUGUCCAAGAUGCGCGUAUGGUCUUCGACCACGCAGAAGAGAUCGGCCACGAACUCCACACUCUGGAUGUCGGCGGCGGCUUCUGCCAGGACACCUUUGAGAAGUUUGCAGGAAUUCUCGGUGAAGCCGUGGACACCUACUUCCCACCAAACAUUCGUGUCAUUGCCGAGCCCGGUCGCUACUACGUAGCCACCGCUUACACUCUGGCCGCCAAUGUGAUUGCGCGACGUGAUAUCCCUGACCCCGAGGAUCAAUCUCGUGAUGCAUACAUGCUGUACUUGAACGAUGGCGUCUAUGGCAAUUUCUCGAACAUCAUCUUCGACCACCAGCACCCCGUUGCCCAGGUCCUCACCUGCGCCUCUGAGGGAUCCCAGCCUGGUUCUCCGAACUCUGCGACUUCGGAGAAGAUCACUUACUCUAUCUGGGGUCCUACCUGCGAUGGCAUUGAUGUCAUCACUGAGCGCAUCCAGUUGCCUGGCCUGAUCAACACUGGUGAUUGGCUCUACUUCGAGGAGAUGGGAGCCUACACCAAGUGUAGCGCUACUCGCUUCAAUGGAUUCUCCGACAACCAUGAGGUCAUCUACAUCUCUAGCGAGACUGGUGCCUCUGCCCUUCUCAACUAUUAG